CAUGUAGCCAUAAUGGAAGCUUGCAGCAGGAGAGCUGCGUUUUUGAAAGAAAGCACUCAGGGCCGGUAACCUGUCAGUGGUGUUACCCAUGCACAUCGCCCUGCGCAAUGGGCUACUUUUGGUAGAGCCUGGUACCUCCUCGAUGCGAAGAUGCAGCCCCCAGGAAAACUAGCAGCUGCCACUGUCAUCAGACUCGAAGGCAGACAUAAACCUAUUUAUCAUGCACUAAAUGACUGUGGAGAUCAUGUUGUCAUAAUAAAUACAAGACAUAUUGCCUUCUCUGGCAACAAAUGGGAACAGAAAGUAUAUUCUUCACAUACUGGUUAUCCUGGUGGUUUUAAGCAAGUGACAGCCACUCAGCUCCAUUUGAAGGAUCCAACUGCUAUUGUUAAACUGGCUGUUUAUAGAAUGCUUCCAAAAAACCUUCAGAGAAGAACUCUGAUGCAGAGGCUACACCUGUUCCCCGAAGAUGUUAUUCCAGAAGAUAUAGAGAAGAACCUUCUACAAGAGAUUCCUCAGCCACGUGCAGUCCCCAAGAGGUUGGAUGAAUAUACACCAGAAGAAAUUGCUGCCUUUCCGAAGGUUUGGACUCCACCUAAAGAUUUUCGAAGGAAGUAAUAAGAAUGAAAGAAGUGCCAUCAAGAGUGUCUCUCCUCUUUCAAAGAAAAUUCUUCUAAUAUGGAAGCAUCUGUGUGGCUCAGUCAGCCCUUCUAUACUGAAUGUUUCUGACAGCUGUUAGCAAAUUUGGCUUGGUGAGAUUAUAGAAAUCACUGUAUUUGAAACAUCUAAGAUUAGGUAUUAUCUUGUCAAUGCCAUCUGUACUCUGCAUUGUAUGAUCUGGUAUUUUUUCAUGACAUUUGAUUUGAUACUGUUAUUAAAGAAUGAAUACCUUUGUAAUGAGUACUUGCAUCUCAUAAAACACAUUGACUACUGCUAUGAAGCAGCUCACUGAUGACAACCCAGUGUAGAACAGAUUUCCUUAAAGAGCUUGUUGAAAUAACAGGUAUUAAAGGCAGAUAAACAGAGAGAUACUUUAUCUUUUUUCCUCCCUUCAGCCUCAAACUGAUUUUCAUUCAAGUCACAGUAACAUGCCUUACCUACUUUAAGGAACAUAUUGCAGAACAGAGAAGCAUUUUUAUUAUGAAAACUAAAUGAGGAAACCAGACUUAAGUAUUGAAUGAUUUUAAAAAAGUCUUAAAAUUCACUUCACUUUUGCAAGCUACUUCCCUGAAAUUCCUGUCUGCUUUCCUGCUCUGAAAACCCUCAAGCCAAAGGUGUUCUGUAGAUAAGUAAAGCACCUGUUGUUUUCUGUGUAGUAGGAAAUGCUGGUACAUUGUGUGCCAAAUUUUACAAUGUCUAGUGAGGAGAAUUUGAGUAUUCUACAUCUGUUUCAUACAAGCAUCAUACAAGAAGAAAACCAGUUGUUUAUUUAUAACCAUAUUUCAUUGCAUUAAAUAAAGGUUUGAUAUUGGGCCUUUCUUUGACAUUCAGAUGGGCUUAUCCCAGGAAAAAUUCCCACCUAGUGAAUGUGCAGCCUUCACUUCCAAGUUAGUUAGUACACUGCAUUAACUAGUGAAAGUAUUUUUGAAAGGCCUGGGUUACAGUAAAUGCUCUUUUCUGUGUAAGGACAGUUUAUUGGUAAGAUCUGUGUGGCAUCAACUGUUCAUCAUGUGCUGAAUCCUUCAGUCAGCAGCUUCACUUUCUUAGGUGGUCUGGAAAAAAUAGGAGACAUUCUUGAUUAUUCAGAGACUGGAUUUUGGAGAAAAUCCUGACAGAAUGGGUUUUACUUCUUUUGGCAAACAUACAAUUCCUGAAUAGUAUUUUUAUAAUUGGGUGGAGCACAGAGUAACUAGUUACUUACUCUAUUACUGUCUAGUUACUCUAAUAAAGAGUAACUACUACCCUAAUAAAGAGUACUCUAAUAAAGAGUAACUCUAAUAAAGAGUGACUAUAUAUGAUUAAUGAUACCAGCAGCAUUCUGGUCAGCAUGGUGCCAGUAAAUGGCAUAGUAAAUAGAAAGUUAAAAUAAAUUACCUACUGCAAUUGAAUCUUGUGCUUUAGUAUAUAAAUUGUUACUGCAAUUGAAUCUUGUGCUUUAGUAUAUAAAUUGUUAUAAAAUUUGAA